CUGGUGUCCUGAAGGUGCUAGCGUUGCAGACUUGGGGAAAGUGAUGUUUCCACUGAUUUAUGAUGUGACUACAGAAUACCUUGGAGAUAUAGUGGUAUUCCUGAAAGCCAAGUUUCUGGAUCGACAGGAAGGGGAGAGAUUUGAAGAGAAGGCAUACAAACAUGCAAUCCAGACUUGUAAUCAGAUCAUUGUGGAGUUCUCUGAUUCUGAAAGUGGCCUGGAUGAGAAGAUUCUCUAUGAGUGUAUCAAGUUUAUGGAGACAAACUUGGAGAAAGUAGUUGCCAGAAAAGCAUUCAAGGCUGUCUACACUGAGGGAUCUGACUUGACAUCUGUCUUACUGUCAGUUACCAGAAGCAACCUGAGUGAUAGCUACACAUCCCGCAUCCUGAAAUUUUUCAACAAGCUUUUCCAUCUGGCAGAGAGAGAGCCAGGAGAUGAGAACCUUCGUGCUCUGUGUCAGAGCCUGUCUGGUCUUGCCAGCCUGGACAAAGGAGACAUACAGAACCUGUUUACAAAGAUUAUCAAGGGGUCAGAGGGUUCAUCUGAUAACUCUGUGGUGAGAGAAAACAACAACCUUCUCCUCACUCUUAUCCAGCACAUUGUGAAAGUGAAAAGCCCUAUUGGUGAAGAAGGCGUGACAGCCAUCCUCAAAGUUCUGAUUCCUAUGGCAGCUCCCCUCCUGGAAUCUGGCCAGCCUGGAGAUCUGCAAAUCUUCCCUGAUCUGAUGAUGGUGUUGCAGACUUUGGCUGGAGUUGGUUCAGGCUAUGGGCAUGUCAUUCUGUUUGAGUCUGCAGUACAGUGGCUGGAAAUCUGCAAAUCAAAGUUAGCCACAAAGGAGGCUUUAGAGGCUGCCAUCAACAAUGAAGUUGAAAGGCAAGGAGUAUUGGAAACACUUUGUUGUCUUCUGACCUACAUUGGAGAGAUCCUUGGGGCACUGAAGCGGCCAUCAGACAGAGCCAGAUCCUUUUCACCUCUGCUAGAGCGGGAACCUAUACCUCCUUCAGAAUCUGAGGGAGAGUGGACAGAGGAUCUUGCUCAUGAUGAUGAUGACUCAGCUGGAGAGGACUCGGAUGAAGAAACAUUGCACAACAAGCUGUGUACUUUCACCAUCACCCAGAAAGAGUUCAUGAACCAACAUUG